AUGUCGACGCUGGCCCCCCUGCGCCUGCUGCGCGAGCCCUGGAACGCCAGCGAGGGCAACCAGAGCAAUGCCACGGCCGGGGCCGGCGGCGCCUGGUGCCAGGGGCUCAACAUCCCCAACGAGCUCUUCCUGACGCUGGCGCUGGUGAGCCUGGUGGAGAAUCUGCUGGUGGUGGCCGCCAUCCUGAAGAACAGGAACCUGCACUCGCCCAUGUACUACUUCAUCUGCUGCCUGGCCGUCUCCGACAUGCUGGUGAGCGUCAGCAACCUGGUGGAGACGCUCUUCAUGCUGCUGAUGGAGCACGGCGUGCUGGUGAUCCGCGCCAGCAUCGUCCGCCACAUGGACAACGUCAUCGACAUGCUCAUCUGCAGCUCCGUCGUGUCCUCCCUCUCCUUCCUGGGGGUCAUCGCCGUGGACCGCUACAUCACCAUCUUCUACGCCCUGCGCUACCACAGCAUCAUGACGCUGCAACGGGCCGUGGUGACCAUGGCCAGCGUCUGGCUGGCCAGCACCGUCUCCAGCACCGUCUUCAUCACCUACUACCGCAACAACGCCAUCCUCCUCUGCCUCAUCGGCUUCUUCCUCUUCAUGCUGGUCCUCAUGCUGGUGCUCUACAUCCACAUGUUCGCCCUGGCCCGCCACCACCUCCGCAGCAUCUCCAGCCAGCAGAAGCAGCCCACCGUCUACCGCAGCAGCAGCCUGAAGGGAGCCGUCACGCUCACCAUCCUGCUGGGCGUCUUCUUCAUCUGCUGGGGCCCCUUCUUCUUCCACCUCAUCCUCAUCGUCACCUGCCCCACCAACCCCUUCUGCACCUGCUUCUUCAGCUACUUCAACCUCUUCCUCAUCCUCAUCAUCUGCAACUCGGUGGUCGACCCCCUCAUCUACGCCUUCCGGAGCCAGGAGCUCCGGCGGACGCUGCGGGAGGUGGUGCUGUGCUCCUGCACCGCGGACAGCGCCCGCCCUGCCCCGCGCCCCGCCGCCAGGGGGCGCCGCCCCGCCCUGCCCGGGGCGGUGGGGGGGUGGUGUGGGGGGGUCCCGGUGCCGCCGCCCCCCCAACGCUGAGCCCUGUGCCCCCAGUUCUGGGAGGUGAUCAGCGACGAGCACGGCAUCGACCCCAGCGGCAACUACGUGGGCGACUCCGACCUGCAGCUGGAGCGCAUCAGCGUCUACUACAAUGAGGCCUCCUCUCACAAGUACGUGCCUCGCGCCAUCCUGGUGGACCUGGAGCCGGGGACGAUGGACAGCGUGCGCUCGGGCGCCUUCGGCCACCUCUUCCGCCCCGACAACUUCAUCUUCGGGCAGAGCGGGGCCGGGAACAACUGGGCCAAGGGGCACUACACGGAGGGGGCCGAGCUGGUAUGGUGAAUGGACUCGGUGCUGGACGUGGUGCGGAAGGAGUGCGAGAACUGCGACUGCCUGCAGGGCUUCCAGCUGACCCACUCGCUGGGGCGGGGCACCGGCUCCGGCAUGGGCACCCUCCUCAUCAGCAAGGUGCGGGAGGAGUAUCCCGACCGCAUCAUGAACACUUUCAGCGUGGUGCCGUCCCCCAAGGUGUCGGACACGGUGGUGGAGCCCUACAACGCCACGCUCUCCAUCCACCAGCUGGUGGAGAACACGGAUGAGACCUACUGCAUCGACAACGAAGCUCUCUACGACAUCUGCUUCCGCACCCUCAAGUUGGCCACCCCCACCUAUGGCGACCUCAACCACCUCGUCUCGGCCACCAUGAGCGGCGUCACCACCUCCCUCCGCUUCCCCGGCCAACUCAACGCCGACCUCCGCAAGUUGGCCGUCAACAUGGUGCCCUUCCCGCGUCUCCACUUCUUCAUGCCGGGCUUCGCCCCGCUGACGGCCCGCGGCAGCCAGCAGUACCGCGCCCUCACCGUCCCCGAGCUCACCCAGCAGAUGUUCGACGCCAAGAACAUGAUGGCCGCCUGCGACCCCCGCCACGGCCGCUACCUCACUGUGGCCACCGUCUUCCGGGGCCGCAUGUCCAUGAAGGAGGUGGACGAGCAGAUGUUGGCCAUCCAGAGCAAGAACAGCUCCUACUUCGUGGAGUGGAUCCCCAACAACGUCAAGGUGGCCGUCUGCGACAUCCCUCCUCGGGGCCUGAAGAUGUCCUCCACCUUCAUCGGCAACAGCACGGCCAUCCAGGAGCUCUUCAAGCGGAUCUCGGAGCAGUUCACGGCCAUGUUCCGCCGCAAGGCCUUCCUCCACUGGUACACGGGCGAGGGGAUGGAUGAGAUGGAGUUCACCGAGGCCGAGAGCAACAUGAACGACCUGGUCUCCGAGUACCAGCAGUACCAGGACGCCACGGCCGAGGAGGAGGGCGAGAUGUACGAGGACGACGAGAGGGAGUCGGAGGCGCAGGGCGCCAAGUGA